UUAUCAUCUGUUCCUACAUCUCAACUUUGAGUGGAUUUGUGUAAGCCAUUACAAUCAUGUUGAAUUUUCACAUCCAACGGGACCACAAAACCGGAGUGAAUUAUGUUGCCAUUACUACAAUAACAAAUGAAGUAUAAGUAUUGUUCUUGAAGAAGUAUAAAAUAAAAUAAAAAAAGGCCAGUUGUGUGCUCCAAAUCUUCCAAAGAUAGAAAAGAAAAAUUGUCCCAUGACUACAAAUCCUUGACAAGAGACACAACUUGAUGGUGAAACUUCAUAUUUAGAUUAAGAUGAAUUAUUUAUGUACUAUUGCAGAGGAGAAAUCUCAUUGCAAUAAUGUGGCAGAUCACUAUCGGCAAACAGCAGUCGGUGGAGUUGGGCUUGACUAUAAAUUCCUGCUUUAUGAAAGGAAAAAAAAAAAACCAAUCCUCCUCUUAGCCAUCAUCUUCCUGGAAGUCAUGGUUGAAAAUAUUGUAACAGAAGGAACCUAUGAUCUCUUCUUUUCAAUCCUCCUCUUAGCCAUAAUCUUCCUCAUCCUAAAGCUUUUAAAAUCUAAUUUCCUAUCAGAAAGUACUCUCCCACUUCCACCAGGACCAAGUCCUUGGCCAAUCUUGGGCAAUAUUCUUCAAAUGGGAGAAAAGCCUCAUAUCACUUUAGCAAACUUUGCUCGAUCCUACGGCCCACUCAUGUCACUUAGACUAGGAACUCAAAUCAUGAUCAUUGGAUCAUCACCGGCUGCUGCAGUAGAAAUUCUCAAGACCAAUGAUCGUACUUUAUCUGCACGAUAUGUUCCUCAUGUAGCACCACCUAAGAGCUCAGAAGUAAAUCAUUUAUCACUUGGGUGGGCUCUAGAGUGCAAUGAUGCAUGGAAGAAAUUGCGUUCUAUAUGCCGAACUGAACUCUUCUCUGGCAAGGCAAUAGAGUCUCAAGCAUGUUUGAGAGAGAAAAAGAUAAGGGACAUGGUGAGGUUUUUGAGUGUGAUGGAGGGAAAGGUAGUGAAAGUUGGAGAAGUAAUUUUUGCCACUGUGUUUAAUAUGUUGGGUAAUGUUUUCAUUUCAAGAGAUUUUAUCAGCUUAGAGGAAGAAAACUUGGAUGGAGGGAUGAAGGAUCUUGUAAGAGAAAUCAUGGAGGUGUCUUCUGCUCCAAAUCUAUCUGAUUUUUAUCCAAUUUUAGGUGCAUUAGACCUUCAGGGUCUAAGAAAGAAGUCACUGGAGUUGUUUGGGAAGGUUUGUGCUGUGUGGGAGCCCGUCAUAGAAGAAAGAAGAGACCAAAGAAGAGGCGGCGCUUCUAGCCAAAAAGAUUUGUUGGACACCCUCAUCGACACUGCUUUUACCAAUGAUAAAAUAAACACUCUUUUCAUGGAGCUAUUCACUGCUGGUACAGACACUAGCACUUCAACAGUUGAGUGGGCAAUGGCAGAAUUGAUAAAAAAUCCAGAAUCCAUGAAGAAAGUUUGUGAAGAAUUGACAAGAGAAAUCAACCAGCAUUCGCUGAAAGAAUCCGAUCUAGCUCAGCUACCUUACCUUGAAGCCUGCGUAAAAGAAACUCUGAGGUUGCAUCCUCCAGCACCAUUGCUGCUUCCUCACCGAGCACCUGACUCAUGCAAAGUGAUGAAUUACACAAUCCCAAAAAAUUCUCAAGUGGUAGUAAAUGUUUGGGCAAUUGGGAGAGACCCCAUGGUUUGGGAAGAGCCAUUGAAAUUUAAACCAGAGCGAUUCCUCAACACGACAUUGGAUUUCAAAGGGAAUGAUUUUGAAUUCUUACCCUUUGGUGCGGGAAGAAGAAUCUGCCCUGGUCUUCCCAUGGCAGCAAAGCAAGUUCCUUUAAUACUUGCUUCACUGUUUCGUUCUUUCGAUUGGUCUCUUCCACAUGGAAAUGAUCCCAAUGAGCUAGACAUGAAUGAGAAGUUCGCUGCAACACUGCAGAAGGAACAACCCCUGGUCCUCAUUCCUACAAUUAAAUAAUGACAAUGGAGUGCUCCAAUCUCCUUAGGUUCUGUACUGGUAUGAUCACUUAAAUUAUAAAUAUAUUCCUGUUAUAGUGCUUGUUGGAGAACAAAAGUUCAAAUUCUAGUUUCAAUAUAAAGUUGCACUUUUCUUCAUCAAAA